AAUUCCAAAGACAGUUUAAGCAUUUUUAAAUACAAAUGCGUAAUUAAUCACAUAAAAAACAUGUUAGACAUUUUACCGUGCCACCUAUUGGUCGAAACUUAUGCUAUAAUGUGUAGUAAAUAAAUCAAAAUUUCCGCAAAAAUUGCUAUAAGUGCACCCAGAAAAAACCUUAAACAAUUCGAGAGUAAAAUCAACAAACAAAAACCACUUAACUCAGAAAUAUUUUAAAAAAUAUUACAGAUGAAAAUAGACAACAGAGAGAUUAAUGAUUAAUGGACUAAAUCUAGGCAAACAGCAGAUGAAUCACAAAAAAAAAGAAGGGGGGGGGGACAGGCUAUUUUUAAUUAAAUAGUUUCCUUUAAAUAAAUUUUUAAUAAAUCUUAAACUAGCAAACUUAAUGAAUAUUAAAGCAAAGGCAAAUUAAAAUUCUUUAACUACUCUAAUGAAUUAUAUUAUUUCACUUAGGCUUGCAACAUUAGCGAGAAAAAAGAAGAAGCUGGGGUUGACACAGAACCCUCUGCCUGCUGGUGAUGGUCCUGCAACACCAACCUUGCCAGAGAGCCCAGGCGGUGAAAGUUCGGUCCCCACAGUGCCAGAUGUAACCACCAUGGCGUCUUCAGUGGCGGCGUGUACAUCACGCAACACUGAUGACAGUACACAUACUCUGUCCGAUGACUAUCAAGGGAAUGAUGACCUUCCUCCGCUGAUAGUGGUUUACGAGCCUCCAUUGCCACAGACAGAUCCGGGACUCAGUAUGUUAGAGGGUCGAAUGAUGGUUGACGUUCGUCACUUCAUGGUGCAAUGCCGUCUUCUGGAGAGACACAGGUGUCCCAUUUCAUCUUCAGGAACAUAUUUUCUGGAAAGUGUCAACAGGUACGGUCUGCUGACAAAUUUUAAAUUUAAGUGCACUCACUGCAAUCAAGAGCAGCAGUUCAAAUCUGAGCCUGUGGAAUGCCUUCCAGUGGGAAGAAAAAGAAAAUGCAAAAUCGAUACCAACUUAGAUAUCAACGAUAAGAUUGUUUGGGGCGCAAUUUCGGUUGGUCUAGGCUACGGACCAUUGUAUGAACUAUUGUCACUAAUUGAUAUGCAUCCUAUGAGCCCGGGUUGCUUUUCUUAUCACGAGAACAGAAUCGGAGAGCACUGGAAGGCAAUGUUGCAGAAGGAAAUGGAAGAUGCUGCACUGGAAGAGUUCUCUAUGGCGAAAGAUGAUGGACGCAUCUGUAUGGUUGGAAAUGAGGAAUAUGCUUGGACCAUAGGAAUUUUGGAUGGAGGUUGGAGCCAAAGAUCCUAUGGUCAUAGGUAUUCUGCUAAGUCUGGAUGUGCUAUAAUAAUUGGCUUCUACACUAAGAAAUUGUUAUUCCUUGGUGUGAGAAACAAAUAUUCGGCGCGCGGCAUGCCGGGAGCAGUAUUGAUUCGAGCGGACAAGAUGGCAGCCGCGCGACGUUGA